CAAAGUUCAUAGAAUAGUUUAUUGGUGUUUAAAAGUGUAUAUAAGUUCAUUUAAUAUUCAGUCUUCUGUCAGUUUGGGCCAGCCCACCUUCUAGUGACAUCAUCCGGUUAGUAAGGUGGGCAGUUUAAUGUCGGAUGAGCAGUGUUGGUCUGGAGGGGUUGCACUAAUUCCUGGGGAAUGUUAUGUGUGCGUAAAUGACAAGAAAACCACACACACACACACACACACACCUAUGUACACUCGCUGUGUUUACAGCCCCAGGAAUUGAGUGGUGACAAUAAAGUGCCUCAAACUGAACCUGAAGCUCCUUCUUAUUUCCUACUCUGGGAUUAUUUGGCCUUAAGUGGUGUUCUGGCCGACACACCGGGGUGACCGUAGUGCUCCAAGUCUGAAUCAGUGCCACAGCCGUGCCUCUCUUUGAUAUCUCCACUACAUUUAAUGGUCCUUCGAGCCGGAUUGCACUAGGCUUGCCUCAGAGAUGGAAUCAGUCCCAGAGUAUGAGGCUCGCAGCGCACGCCCCAAACGACAUGCUCGCCCACCUGUGCGCUACGCAGAUUAUGAGAUGGAGUACCCAGGCUACAUUAGCCAGGCACAUAGAGAGGAUGUAGAGCUCACACACCAAGAGGACAAGGCCAGGAUGACCUCCCUCACUUCCCCCUUUAGCUACAACCUAGCCAGCCCUCAGUGGAGGCGGGAUGUUAAUCUCCAUGAGACGGCCUCGCGCUAUGGAGCUCAGAGCCAACAGCACAUCCAGGAGAAUCGGCUGGCCCCCCAGCUGUAUCCAGAGAGGAGUCGUGGGGAACAAGCCUAUGAUCACUCUACUCCUCUACCCUUCGUGCUCCCCUAUACACAUCCAAAUAAGCAAAUAAGUGCAGAGUUAGAGGAUAUCCGUCAGGAGCGCCACCUCAUCCAGCAGACCCAGCAACGUAUGUCAUCAGAUCUGGUCGAACUCAAGGCACUGCGAGCAGAAAUGAGACAGUUAGUGGAAGCUGUCCAGAGCCUGCAGGGCCCAUCCUCCCUCCAAACCAGUAAGUUAAUGCAGUCACCGCUACCGGGUGAUGCACCAGAGAUUGAGGAGGAUGAUGACUGGCCUGCUCCACCACCGUGGCCAGAUCCAGUUGAGGAAGCACCACUGCCUAGUAACCCACCAGUGUUGAACCCCCAUCAUAAAGAUGCAGGUGUGUUUCCAGCCAUUAAGACAGAGGCAAUGGCAAUCCCACCUGCUAAUAGGUUUGUGGACCACCCAGGACAGAGUCUGUCACCAGAUCCUCCCCCUGCUCUCAGGUUUCCAGAUAAAGCCUCCCAUAAACCACCUCCUUGGUUUAAGCCGGUUUAUCUUCCACCUCGCUCAGGCAAUUUCCCACUGGGCGGGUCCAAGCAUCCGCGCGCCGCCUAUGGGGACAGUAAGACUGAGCAUGACUGCAAUCCAGCAUCUCCUGAGCAGCAGUUCAAUCUGUCCUCUACACAGCCACUGCCGGACAGACCAAAUCCGGGCAGGACUUCUAUCACCUCAGAGACAGUUUACCAUGGUCCCCGCCCAACAAUUCCCAACUUCUCAAGUCGAGACCCUAGUGAGUUUGCUAGGCUUAAGAUGGCAUUGGGGAAUCUUCUACCUGAGGACGCGACUGAGCUGUUCAAGUAUCAAGUGUUGGUUGAUCACCUGCACCUAGAGGAGGCCAGAUUAAUAGCCGAUGCUUACCUCAACUCUACCACACCCUUCACUGAUACUAUGGAGGCCCUCAAUGACAAAUUCGGCCAGCCACAUCAGAUAGUGCUGAGGCGUAUUGCUGCAAUGAUGGACUCGCCUGACAUCAGGCGUGGAGACAUCUCGGCAUUUGAGAGAUUUGCCCUCCAGAUACAGUCACUAGUGGGGAUGUUAAGGACACUAGGCCCAGAAGGAGAAGUGGAACUACACUGUGGUUCACAUGUUGCUCACCUGCUUAGUAAACUAACCCCCGAGCAGAGAGCAGAGUUCCGCCGCUGCAUGUUCCAACAAGGUGUGAGGAUGCAUACCUUGGCAGAUCUCGCAGGGUGGCUUAAGUAUGAGUCCUGGUGCCAAGACUCUGAAGGGCAGCUAGCAGCGAAAGUGACAAAGGAGAAACAGUGGUCCAGGCCUGAGGUGCGCCAGGGUAAGAGAUCCAUCACAGUCCUUCAUGGUGCAAAGGAGGUAACGACAAAGCCACAGGCAGUGAGGCCAGGUGGUGUGGCCAGUAAGAACAAACCAUACUGUCCAUUCUGUAACACGGAAGAGCACUAUCUCAGUCAGUGCACAGUGGUAUCCAAGUUGACAAAGGACCAGCUAACAGAGUGGAUAAAGAGUAACAAGAGGUGCUGGCGCUGCGCACGGUCACACCAGGCGGCCCAGUGCAAUCUGAGGAAGACGUGCAGCCUCUGCCAAGGGAAGCACCUGCAGGUACUGCAUGAUGUCAAUGUUAGAACACUGAAAGGGUCACCAACAACAGCGGUGGUGAGCGGUGACUCGAAGGCGGCGACCGACGUCCUCUAUCUAGACAGACCCACUGAAGGCUGCAGAGUCCUUCUAAAGAUCGUCAAAGUCUGCAUUCAUUAUGGCAAGCGAACAAUCAGCACUUAUGCCGUCUUGGAUGACGGGUCAGAGAGGACAAUGCUUCUGCCAGAGGCUGCCGAGAAGUUAGGCAUGCAAGGGGUCGCAGAGGACGUCCCACUGCGCACGAUUAGGCAGGAUGUGCAGACUCUUAGAGGUGAGUCAGUGUCGUUCUCUGUUUCCUCUCCCUCAAGGCCCAGGACCAGGUUCAAGAUUGCUGGGGCCUUCACUGCUGCACGCAUCGGACUUGCAGGCCACACUUAUCCCAUGGAGCAACUCAGAGAAAGUCAGGCUGGGACCUCCAGGAGGGCCUGCUGCUAUUCGCACCAGGCUAGGUUGGGCGCUACAAGGGCCAGCAAGUAUAGUCGGCCGGCUUGCCCAACCACAGCAGUGCUUGCUGACAACUGUGGCACCUCAGGUCAGUCAAUUAAUGAAACAUGUGGAGAAACUAUGGCAGGUCAACAUCGUCCCGUUCCGAAACGAGAAGGUUGUUACUCGUUCAAGGCAAGACCAAGAGGCCAUACGCAUUCUGGAGACCAGAACUGUGCGAAUAGAGGUUGAAGGCAUACUCCGCUAUGCCA